AUUUGAGGCGCAGAGCCGGCCACCGCCCUGGCAGGACCGCGCCACCUCUGCCCGAGCCUCCCCUGCGGCGCGCGAGCCAGUGCAUAGGCGUCGGGAAAAUGGCAGACGGUUUUUCGCUUAAUGAUGCCUUAUCUGGGUCUGGAAAACCAAACCCUCAAGGUUGGCCUGGUUCAUGGGGAAACCAGCCUGCUGGGGCAGGAGGCUACCCAGGAGCGGCCUAUCCUGGGGCCUACCCUGGACAGGGACCUCCUGGGGCCUACCCCGGACAGGGACCUCCUGGGGCCUACCCCGGACAGGGACCUCCUGGGGCCUACCCUGGCCCAACAGCACCUGCUUAUCCUGGACCAACUGCACCGGGUGCCUACCCUGGACCUGGGGCCUACCCGCCUCCUGCACAGCCAAGUGCCCCUGGAGCCUACCCUGCCGCCAGCCCCUAUGGCGUCCCUUCUGGACCCCUGAAUGUGCCUUAUGACCUGCCUUUUCCUGGAGGAAUCAUGCCUCGCAUGCUGAUAACAAUCCUGGGUACAGUAAAGCCCAAUGCAAACAGACUUGCUUUAGAUUUCAAGAGAGGGAAUGAUGUUGCCUUCCACUUUAACCCACGCUUCAACGAGGACAACAGGAAAGUCAUUGUUUGCAAUUCAAACCUGAAUAAUAACUGGGGAAAGGAAGAAAGACAAAUGGUUUUCCCAUUUGAAAGUGGUAAACCUUUCAAAAUACAAGUGCUGGUUGAACCUGACCAUUUCAAGGUUGCAGUCAAUGAUGCUCACUUGUUGCAGUACAAUCAUCGGGUGAAAAAUUUUGGGGAAAUCAGUACGCUGAGAAUUUCUGGUGACAUAACUCUCACCAGUGCUUCGCACACUAUGAUAUAAUCUUAAAUGGGCAGAUACUUUUUUAAAGAAAUGAAUUUGAACGUAAACCUUACACAUUUAAAAGUUUCAUGUUAAGUAUGAGUGAAAAAUUUUACCUUUAUUCAUCAAUGUCCUUCUUGUAAAUCACUGAUUUAAUAAAUAUUCUAAGAGUUA